GUACAAGCUGGAUGUAACCCGGAAGUAAAUGUAAAUAAAUAUUGGUGCGGGUUUUCUUUUUGUAGUGGCACGACGAAAAGCAGCAUGUUCGACGGGAUAUUUUAUGUGGUGCUUUAGGAUUAAGUGACUUAACCUGCUUACACUUCAAGUGGCACGUUAGCUACUGCUUUUUUGCACCAAACAAGGUAUUGGUAAUGUAUAUGGCGCACUUUACAGUGUACAAUCUUCAGAUCGUGAUGCCCGCCCGGGAUGUAACGUUACUGUAAACUCAGUACAGAUCUCACUGUUCUAGAGAGAUAAUCAAGAAGAGAGAGGAGUGAGGACAAGAUGGUUUACAUGAAAAUCAAGAAGAAAACUCCUCUGAUCUUGUAUUUGAAGAGGUCGCCUGGGAUCAGGUCAUGGAGCCUACUCGUAGGUUUUGUAGCUGUAGGGGUGGGAGCUGCAUACUUCAGUGGAGACCACAUCCUGUGGAGUCUAUUCUACAUCACAGCCUGUCUGGUGGUGGGUGUGUCCUGUAUGGAGGACUGGGAGGAGUGUAUAUUUGACAAGAUGACGGGGAAGGUGACGGUGAAGAAGUUCAGUCUGAUGCAGGCAAUUCUCAGGCCCAAACAGGAACAAAGAGAAAUUGUUGCAGAUAUUUACAACAUAGUAAGUGUGGAGGUAGAACAGGAGACGUUCCGGUACCUGGGUACAGGCAGCCAUGUUGUCCUGUCCUUCCAGUCGGGAUACUCCAUUCCCAUGACAGAGGUCUCAACCUUGGGUGACAACAGGGACCACCACAGAAUAGCCAGUGAGGUGCGCUCCUUCCUGAACCUGGAUGACACCCACCGUUUCAGCACCAUGGACAGCGACAGUGAGCAGGAGGACUCCUCCUUACCCGGAGACGGCGCCAUGACGGGAGACGACGAUUUCAUCAACUCGUCCGAGUCAGACCUGGGGUCGGACUAUGACGGGGACUCCAUAUCAGGAGAGGACACCAGCGCUACGGACCUGUCGGAUUACGAGGGAGCGUCCCAGUCAGAUGGGUCCUCAGAAUCCGAGGAAUAUGUCGUCAGGAAGCCCGGCCACCCUGUAUGACACAUAACAUAUGCAAGCCAAUCCACAUCACAGCAAUCCUGUUUUUCCACUUCAUGGCAAGCUCAGAUACUCUAGAUAGGAAUUUAAGAAUAAAAUUGAUAGAAUUUGGAGAAUAAAAUAGAAUUUGAGAAGAUGAUAUAUUCUGUUGUCAAUGUGAAGAGCGAGUUUGAGUUUGACCAAAUUGUUCUGAAUGUCAAGUACAGAAGAACUAUUAGAAGUUAACUCCAGAUUGUGUAUGUUCAGAACAGGAUACGGUGUUGUUUAUAUAAUGUGUUUGUUGCUUUUUAUACUGCCUAUAGUUUUUUUUGUUAUAUUCCACUUUUAGACAUUGACGAAAGUGCCACAAAACCGGAAGGUGCUUAACAUUUGUAGCACUGUUUUGUUAUUUCUCAUUCCUGUUGCAGUUUAUAUCUAUAAGAAUUUGUUUCCUUAUACUUUUAAUACUUUGAUGGCAAUCCAUGAUGAAGACAACCAAAUUAAAGAAAUAAAUCAUCGAAUGCAAUCUAAA